AUGCCCUGCAUCACAGAGAUCAAGCAUGGGAAGCCCAGCUCGCCGCCAGCUCAUCGGCUUCAAGGACGUCCGCAAAGUCGGCCUCAGCGCACUGCCCGGUCACCCAAGGAAGACAAGUCUAUCGGUGGAGUGUGUCCGCGAAGCUGGACUGCGAUAUGGAGGUCAUGGCUGACUUUGUCACCGCCAUGGCGCAUGGAAUGUACGAACUCUCCUCCUCCCCUAUCCGCUGUGCAGAAAUUGAUUUUCUGGGAAGAAUUCUACGAAGAAGAAAGCUAUCGGAUGGGAGACGCCGCGAUGCAUCAGCGCCGUGCGCAGGAUCAGCCCCAGCGCAAUCCUCAGCCACCCAAGGAAGACAAGUCCGUCGGUGGAGUGUCCGCGAAGUUAGAUUACGAUAUAGAGGCCAUGACUAACUUCGUCACCGCCAUGGCUCACGUAAAGUACGAAAUCUACUCCCUUCGAAUCUGCCUCGCAGACAUUGACAUAUUCCGAAGCAUUUCACCAGGCAAAGAGCUCCCGCCCUCAUACCGUCCUCUGCACUACUUGUCGUCGUGGUUGUCUAUGCUCUCUACUGGAGACAGGCCUUCUGAGGUUGACAUGUAUUGCACCGUUACUGUUGCUUUAAUUCUGGGCAGCAAGUUUCUUGACGACAAUACGUUCAUCAACGUCAGCGGCAUCGCCGUGGCAAUUUUGAAUGAGAUGGAGACGGAGUGGCUUGUUGCAAUUGACUUCAAGCUCCAUCGCGACCCAAGGGCUGGUGUUCCUGGAAUGAGCAUUGGAAAGAGUACCAGCUGGUUCGACUCAAUCGCCCCAACACGCUUAUUCCAUCCAUACUACAGUGCAGCGCUAGUGGGUUCUCAACCGAGGCCGGGCCGAGGUCAGCGAUGA